AUGACCGGAGCCACUGGGGCCAUCCUGGGCAUCAAAGCGCUAAUUGCCUUGAGCCGGCCCAACGUCGCGACGCAUCUUGUGAUGAGCAAAUGGGCCGAGGCCACCAUCAAAUACGAAACGGACUACCACCCGUCGAACGUCAAGGCCUUGGCGGAUCAUGUCUACUCGAUCAAUGACAUGGCUGCCCCAGUGUCCAGCGGCUCUUUCCGUACCGACGGUAUGAUUGUCGUACCUUGCAGCAUGAAGACAUUGGCCGCGAUCAAUACCGGGUUCUGUGAUGAUCUGACCUCUCGCACGGCCGAUGUCAUGUUGAAAGAGCGUCGGUGGUUGGUGUUAGUCACCCGCGAGACCCCGUUGAGUGAUAUCCACUUGCGCAACAUGCUCGAAGUGUCCCGCAGCGGCGCGGUGAUUUCCCAUCAAAAUGUGGGAAUGCUCGACCUGUUUGAUCUCGACACGGGCGACUUUGAACGAUGGGAGGGGUGGCAGCAUUGA